UGGGCUGGAGAGGGCGGAAGCGCCCCCGAGGCAGGCUGGGAGAUGUAGUUUCUGACUGUCCCCGGAGCGGAAGGGACGUCGCUGGGAGGCGGAGCCGAGUUGCAAACGUGCGCGGGCCGCUCCGGCUCUGCCUGGCUCGCGCGGGGCCGUUGGAGCCUCUCCCGGGGCUGGAGAAGGGUGUGUGACUCAGAUUAGGGCUCUUAUCGUACUGAGCGUGGCUCUGUUCUGACAGCUACUGAAGAUACCCCAACAGAGAUCUGGGCCCUGCUUUGCCAAGCACUGAAGAGACCCCAGGUGAGAUCAGACCCCACUGUUGUGCCAGGCUACAGAUUAACGUCUACCUUUUGCUCCAGAUCAUCCCAUCCUCCUAGGGGGAAGGAAAUGGCUUCAACGGAGCUGGUUCAGGGGCCAGUGACUUUCGAGGAGGUGGCUGUGUAUUUCACCAAGGAUGAAUGGGCUCUGCUGGACUCUGUUCAGAGAACCCUCCACAGGGAUGUCAUGCAGGAGAACUGUGAGACGGUGACCUUGCUGGUAGGGUUUCCAAUUUCCAAACCUGAUGUGAUCUCACAGCUGGAACGAGGGGAAGAGCCAUGGGUCCCAGAGCUCCAGGGCUCUGAGAAAGAAGUGCUUCCAAGAGCUGCCUUCCCAGGUGAUGGGAUGGUGAGUCAGAAUGAGGAGGAGAAACCCCAUCAGGAAGAUGCUGAGCAAGGAGAACCACAUGGAACUUUAUCAGGAAGAUCCAAAGGGAAUGUUUCCGGGAGUUGUGCACUCUCAGAAAAAACAAAAGCCUGUGAGACUCAGGGGAGGCCAGAGGGAAACUUUAGUAGCCUCUCAGACCUUAUAACAAGUUACAGAAUCAACUUGGAAGAGACACACUACAGGUGCCAUGAGUGUGGGAAAAGCUUCCAUAAGAGCUCACACCUUAUCAGACAUCAGACAAUCCACACAGGUGAGAAAUCUUAUGGAUGCUCUGAGUGUGGGAAAUAUUUCUUUAAUCGUUCAGACCUCAUCUUACAUCAGAGAAUCCACACAGGGGAGAAGCCCUACACAUGCUCUGAGUGCGGGAAAAGCUUCAGUCGGAGCUCACACCUUAUCAGACAUCAGAGAAUACACACCGGAGAGACCCCCUACACGUGCACUGAGUGUGGGAAAAGCUUCAAUCGGAGCUCAAACCUUAUCACACAUCAGAGAAUCCACACUGGAGAGACACCCUACACGUGCUCUGAGUGUGGGAAAAGCUUCAAUCACGGCUCUACCCUUAUCACACAUCAGAGAAUCCACACAGGAGAGACACCUUACACGUGCUCUGAGUGUGGGAAAAGCUUCAAUCACCGCUCUACCCUUAUCACACAUCAAAGAAUCCACACUGGAGAAAGGCCCUACACAUGCUCUGAGUGUGGGAAGAGCUUCAGUAAGAGCUCACACCUUAUCAGACAUCAGACAAUCCAUACAGGUGAGAAACCUUAUGGUUGCUCUGAGUGUGGGAAAUGUUUCUUUAAUCGUUCAGACCUCAUCUUACAUCAGAGAAUCCACACAGGGGAGAAGCCCUACACAUGCUCUGAGUGCGGGAAAAGCUUCAAUCCACGCUCAAGCCUCAUUAGACAUCAGAAAAUCCACAUGAGAGAGAAUUGUAUUAAAUACCUUGACUAGGUUGGCCAAAAAAAUUUUUUUUAAAAAAUCACAUUUGCUAAUCCCCACAUAGUGAUUUUUGCAUGAUUUGCACCGUGGUCUCUCAACUCCACCAGAUGAGUUGCCUGCUUCUGCCUUUUGCAGCUCAUCCUUCUUUGGGGUCAGUCCUAUGAUCUUUUCUAUCAGCUCCUUUCCUUUUGAGUCAUAGGAGUGUGUGUCCUUCCAGCCAGGAAUGUUCAUCACCUCCGGGGGGGGAGAGAGGUUUGAUCC